AGAAGCAGGAGGGAGAGGAGGAGAAGAAGAGAGACCGUGGAGCAUGUAUUAGAGCAUUGUGUUAGGUUUGACCAGGAGAGGCAGCAACUCAUCCUUGGACUAGAUUCUGAAAGUGUGCAGUUAAGCAGGAAAACAAUUCUGCAGAAGAGCUCAAGUCAGAUGUGCUUUAAGUACCUUUUCCAAUAUCUAGAAGCCACAGGACUGAUUAAAAGGAUAUAAUACCUCCUUUUAUUUAUUUAUUUAUUUUAUUUUAUUUUAUUCAUUUAUUUAUUUUCUAGAUUAGAGCAUUUUCGCCCAGACUCACACUCCAAUACGGUAGAUGGCGGUAAUGCUGCUAAAAAGUUGUUUGCCAACCGCCAAUCAAAUAUAUAAGAAGAAGAAGAAGAAGAAGAAGAAGAAGAAGAAGAAGAAGAAGAAGAAGAAGAAGAAGAAGAAGAAGAAGAAGAAGAAGAAGAAGAAGAAGAAGAAGAAGAAGAAGAAGAAGAAGAAGAAGAAGAAGAAGAAGAAGAAGAAGAAAAAGAAGAAGAAGAAGUUUUUCACACGCUACUUUUGUUCUGAAAAUGUCCACACUCCAGACACUAAAAACCUUCAUCGCCCAGCGGCUUGCUAUCGCUGUGGAGGAGAUAUCUGGGCUGCUGGAAACCACUAUCUCCAACUAUGAAGAAGAGAUCUCCCGCCAGCGCAGGCUGCUCACACACGAGAGGUCCCAGUCCCAGACCAACACAGCAGAAGCUGGUCAGCUGUGAGCCAGCUCCAUCGGACUGAACAGGGUCUAUCUGCUGCACAAGAUAUGCAACAAGCUUUUAAAUUUCGAGUCCUCAUCCAUCACGAAAUAAAGAAGAUCACUUUUCAGAAUGGCGUCCCCUCGUCUGUGGAGGAUUUGAUUGAAGUGUUUAAACAAGCUUUUUCCAUCAGCACAGAAAUAGGUCUUCUAUACAAAGAUACUGACUUUGACGACUUCUUCACUCUGACCUCUACAAGUGACCUCAAGGAUAAAGACACACUCAAGGUAGUGCACGUUCCCCCAGGCAUAAAAAUGACCAAAGUCCCUCAGGGGCCCAAACAUGAACCAUCUGAUAUGUCCCCUGUGUAUGAUCUGCCCUCUGUGGACUCACGAGACCCCGUCAUUCCCAGCCCCCCUGCAUCUGACAGGCGUAACCUGUGGCCUGCCGUCUUUCCAAUUCCCAUUUUCUCCUACAACACAGAGAUGGCUUUGCAGCAGGGCAACGAGAAGUUUUUGAAAGAUGGAACGCUGCUGACGUCACAAUGUGUUAAAUCGGACAUUCUGGAGCGCCUGGCUGAGGCCAUGUUCUCUUACACCGCUUAUCCCAAUGAUCCCCAGAGGACCGCAGUCGCACAUGCACUUAUAGACAGGCAUCCCUGCCUGAGGGAGCCGGGCUCCUAUAAUGGGUGUGACGGGUGGCAGCAGAGCCUCAAGUACAAAUGUGCAAACUACCGGAGCAAACUGAAAGCCCACGGGAACCCUGAACUGAUGAUAAACACACUGAAGCACAAGCAAGAGGGGGAUAGGAAACCUGCCAAGAAUAUCAAGAAACCAAGGAAAUCUGAGGUAAACUACUACCCCCCCCACCCAGCCGGUGAAACAGAGGACAGCCUGGAGAAUAUGAGACUCGAGCUCAUUUCAGCAAGCGAGUCCAGGGACAGUAGCCCGAUGAUCAAUGACAUGAUGUCAAGGACGUACAGCUGCCGGAGGAGGGAGGUGGUGGGGGAGUCCAUGCAGGUGGCCAGAUUCAAAGAGAGAUGGCCCGCCCUCUUCAGUCCUCUGCAGAUAAAUGAAGAGUUCCGAAGGUGUAACACUAUCCCUCUGGAGUCCACGUUCAUGUCUCAGCUGGACAGGUUCACUUCAAAGUUCCUGGAGUUAUUCAGCUCAAAGGGAGGAGCGGUGGGACAGCGCAUGAAGGGCAUGAUGGCUGAACUGAGUCAGGGUCAUCAUGUGUCCGUGGUGAAGAGGAGGGACGUGACUCUGAGAUGCCUCAUUGAGUACCUCGGGGAGAGUGUGCAGGAUCUCAUCUCUGACUACUUUAGAACAGCGGAGGAGAAAGUGCAUCAGGACCACCAGGGUAUGACCUCUCGGAGUAUGAGCGUCUAUGUCUGUCAGCAGCCCGACGCAGUGGGCAUCAUCAUCGCUGGGACUCCAGUGAUGACAGACCUGGAUAACCUUCCCCGAGCCUGCUGCCUUCUCCUCGGCCUCACAUAUGCCCUAAAUCUGGAUUAUCCUCCCAAACUUGCCAAGACUUUUGAAGUCUUUCAGAGACUAUUUGUAGGACUUGAUAUGCUUCAACCAAAACCAACCUCCAAGUUCAUCAGCCUGAAAAACAAACUGUUCACUUAGACCUGUGCUUUUUACUGACUUCAGUCAAGUCUCUGUUUUAUAAGUGUAAUACAUUUUAGCAGCUGUGAAGGCGCCUGGUUAUUUGACUUCAAGGAUUGUCCUGCAGGUUAAGGAGACAUUGCAAAGGAAAGAGUUGGCAUGUGGUUAUGGUUGUGAACAUCGUCCUUUAACUUAAACACACUAAACAGUGGAACCAGCAGCCUUCAGAGCUCUAUUGUUCUCCAUGAAGCUGCAUUCAUUUUCCAUGUGAGGUCAAACAUGUAUAUUCACAUGUGGUUUAAUUCUAUUACGAUUUUUCUCUAAGGGGGAAAAUAAUACUGAGAUUAAUGUUAACAUUUUCAAAAAAGGACCGCAUUUAUUCCUGUUUCUUAAAUGGCACUGGAGAGAAUGUUAAAAUGAUAAAAAGAUUGAGGGUUUGUGUGAGUGUGUGUGUGUUUAAUUUAGCUCAAUUCCAGCAGCAGACCAGCAGGUCCUGCAGCAUGUGCAAAAUCCUGAAAAUGUUUGAAGGGUUGGUAGUUUUGAUCAAACUUUUUUGAUUUUUUAAAUAGUUUAUGAAAAAAAGUAGAUCCAAAUAUAGAUGUAGAGUAAAUAAAAUGUAGAGGUCAUGUAUUUGUGGUGGGCUGAUUUGACGAAAACCCUGCACCCGGCCGACACAGGACCUUCCUCCUCUGCGCUCUUAUUCUGUAAACGACAACUUCCUGUACAGAAAUGAGAAAACUGUGUUUUUUCAUUUCUGUUUUAUAGUGAUCUUAUUUUUAGAAGUAGAAAAUGAUCCCGUUUAUUGAAUUUAGUUAAUCCCUGUUUGACCAUGAUAAAGGGAAAUACCCACUCUUUUUUUGAAAAUACCAUCAGAUUUCAUAAUGAUGGUAUUAAGUGGUGGAUUUAUUCAGUGGGAGACUGCUGACGGACCUCCACUCCCCGCUGCACAUGGAUACCGGAGGUCCCGGGGAUAUGGAAAUUAAAUAUUGACCAUUCCAUUGAAAGCAAGAAUUGCCCCAAAUAAGACACAUUGUUACUAUUGUU